AUGGAUAAGACUCCGUCGUCCGCGGCCUCCGUGGCUGUCAUCGGCGCCGGUUCCACCGGGAUCUCUAUGCUCAAAACCUUACGCGAAGAUGGCUUCAACGCCACUCUGUUUGAGAGAAGGAGUCGUGUGGGCGGCUUGUGGUCGUACACAGACGACAAGAGCAUGACGACUGCUCUCCCGACCACAACCGCAAUCAUUAGCAAGUAUACUUGUGGAUUCACAGAUUUCCCAAUGCCUGACAAAUACCCUCCAUUCCUGACGCAAGCAAUGUUCGAGGAGUACAUGGAGUCCUAUGCCGAGAACUUCGGCCUUUACGAUCACAUGGUAUUUGAUGCAAACGUGGGAAGAGUAACACGCAACGGCGAGGGAACCAAGUGGCAAGUCGAGAUGGUCAAAUCUGGCAAGCCCGAGGUCCAUCAAUUCGACAAGGUGGUCUUCUGCCAUGGGUACCAAACGAAGAAGAAGAUGCCAGUCUACGAAGGACAAGAGACGUUCGAAGGCACCAUAAUUCACUCUCAGCAGUUUCGCAACCCAUCUGAGUUCAAAGGCCAGAAGGUCGUCUUGGUUGGGCUCAGCGCCACCCUGAGCGACAUCCUUCCUCUGCUUGUCAAACAGAGCCAGGAAGUGUAUCUUUCUCAUCGCAACGGUGCAUGGAUCGUCAGCCGAUGGCGCAACAACGCCCCAACUGACUUGCUCGUCACCCGCUGGCGCAGACAGGUGUCGUUGAUCAUCCAGAGCAAGUUCCCCAACUUGACAAAUAAGCUCGCUUUACUCGGCGGCCGUCUUCUCAUGAGACAGCAUGGCGAGAUAAAUCCAUCUUUCCGGUUGCUGGAAGGCAUCGCCCCGCUCAGCUUGAACCUGGUGUCGUGCAUGGACAGUGUCCUGCAUCUACUUCGUGAGGGCAAGGUGACCUCACUUCACGGGAUCAAACGCUUCACUGGCCCAAAGUCGAUCGAGUUUGAAGACGGCACCAUUCUCGACGACGUGGACUCCGUCAUUUGUUGCACAGGUUACAAGGGAGAUUUUGAUCUCGUUCCCUUCAUCGAAACGAGCAAGCCCGAAACUGACGGCAAAGGACACCCUUACGGCGGUGCCCCGAUGCAUCGUUUGUACAUGAACAUGUUCCCGCCGGCCCAUGCCGACAGCAUCGCAAUCCUAGCAUACUCUGCUUUCGGCAAGAACAACGGCUUCUCCUUCUCCGACGUCACCUCUAUGGCUGUGAGCAACAUUUGGCGCGGGGUCAGCGCCGACAUGAUCCCUCCGAGGCCCGAGAUGGAACGCGCCAUCGAUCGCCAUCAGCAAUGGGUCGCGGGCCGUUGGUACCAGGAGAACAGAUUCGACCCCUCUGCCGUGAAGCAGUGGGAGUUCCAAGGUUUCCUCCAUAAGGCUGCUGGGACUGGAAUGGAGAAUCUCGGUUGGGGAUGGCGUGGUUGGGUGAGUUGGUUCAAGGACCCGUACAUGUGCUAUCUGAUCAACCACGGUGUUGAGACUGCGCAUGCCUUCAGGUUCUUCGAGACUGGAAAGAGGCGGACCUGGGACGGGGCACGGGACGCAAUCAUCCACAUGAAUAAGCUUGUCAAGCAGCUUAAGGCUUCCAGGAAAUGA